GCCGGAGCCGCCGCCGACAUCCCUGCCUUCGUGCUCUGCACUCUGCACCGUGCGCUCUGCACCCUGCGCUGCGCUGGCCGCGACACCCCCGGACCCCGACCACCGACCUCCCACCCCGCCUUCAGACACCAGGUUGGAGGCCCUGGCAGCACCAUGCCCCCCGCUUGGACCGGCCUGCUCUGCCUCGGUGUGUGUUGGCUGCAGGCAGGACCCGUCAGCGGCGACCACCCUGCUCCGAUAGCCAUCACGUGCUUCACAAGAGGACUCGACAUCAGGAUGGAGAGAGCUGACGUCCUCUGCCCCGGGGGCUGUCCUCUCCGGGAUUUCUACGUCUUCGGGAACACGGUGUACGCGUCCCUCUCCAGCGUUUGCGGAGCUGCUAUUCACAAGGGGGUGAUCAGCAGUUCUGGAGGAGCAGUGCGCUUCUACGGUCUCCCUGGGCGAGAAAACUACUCCUCCGUCAACGCCAAUGGCAUCCAGUCUCAGAUGCUCACACGCUGGUCCUCCUCUUUCACCAUAACAGAGACUCAAACUCGAGCCCUGGAGGCCACUGGCCGGGCGCCAGCCACAGCACGCCCUGCUACAGGGAAACGACUGAAGAAAACCUCAGAGAAAAAGAUGGGAAACAAAGACUGUAAGGCGGACAUCGCUUUCCUGAUUGAUGGUAGCUACAACAUCGGCCAGCGCAGAUUUAACCUGCAGAAGAAUUUUGUGGGGAAGGUGGCUGUGAUGUUGGGAAUCGGGACAGAAGGACCGCACGUGGGGCUGGUGCAAGCCAGCGAACAUCCCAAAAUUGAGUUUUCCCUGAAGAACUUCACAUCUACCAAGGAUGUUUUAUUUGCUAUAAAGGAGAUCGGCUUCCGUGGGGGCAACUCCAAUACAGGAAAGGCCUUGAAGCAUACGGCCCAGAGGUUCUUCUCGGCCGACAGCGGCGUGAGGAAGGGGAUCCCGAAGGUGGCGGUGGUGUUCAUCGACGGCUGGCCCUCGGACGACAUUGAGGAAGCUGGCAUCGUGGCCCGAGAGUUUGGCGUGAACGUGUUCGUCGUGUCUGUGGCCAAACCCACCGCUGAGGAGCUGGGGAUGGUGCAGGAUGUGAGCUUUGUGGACAAGGCCGUCUGCCAGAACAACGGCUUCUUCUCCUACCACAUUCCCACCUGGUUCGGCACCACCAAGUUUGUGAAGCCCCUGGUGCAGAAGCUGUGCACCCACGAGCAGAUGAUGUGCAGCAAGACUUGCUACAACUCCGUCAACAUCGCCUUCCUGAUCGACGGCUCCAGCAGCGUUGGCGACAGCAACUUCCGGCUCAUGCUCGACUUCGUCGCCCGCGUGGUGGAGACGUUCGAGAUCUCCGACAUCGGCACCAAGGUGGCGGCCGUGCAGUUCACCUACGACCAGCGGACGGAGUUCAGCUUCACGGACUACACCACCAAGGAGAACGUCCUGGCCGUGAUCCGGCAGAUCCGCUACAUGAGCGGGGGCACCGCCACCGGGGACGCCGUCGCCUUCACGGUCAGAAACGUGUUCGGCCCCUUGAGGGACAGCCCCAACAAAAACUUCCUGGUGGUCCUCACCGACGGGCAGUCCUAUGACGACGUCCGGGGCCCUGCGGCCGCCGCCCACAAGGCAGGUAUCACCGUGUUCUCCAUCGGCAUGGCCUGGGCCCCUCUGGAUGACCUGAAGGACAUGGCAUCCGAACCCAAGGAGUCCCACACUUUCUUUACCCGAGAGUUCGCCGGCCUGGAACAGAUUGUGACCGAUGUCAUCAGAGGCAUCUGUAGAGAUUUCGUGGACUCCAGACAGUAAAGGUGACAUUUAGUUGAGAGUAAGAGAAAGCCUCUUUAGUGCUCUGCUCUUUUAAUGCAAACCAAAGGCAUUAUUCUACAGAUGGUAGCACCUCCCAGUUUGGGUCCAAUUGAUAUUCGCCAUGUAAAUCUUUAACCUUGUGGGUUGUAAUUUUGGCAUGCUCGAUUCAGCUCCUGUGGGUUAAUACGAUCCAAAGCUUAAAACCACAAGGAGUUUAUUUUCUGAAGGAAAUAGCGAAAAAUAGCUACUGCCGGCCAUCUUUCUUGUCCUUACAGAGGGGACAGAAAAAUCUGUUUGAUUAGUUUGUUGCAAAUAAGUUUUCCCCCGAUCCCAGAUGAGUCCUGGUAAACUACAGCUAGUUCCUGCAAUAGUUGGCAACUCGGUGAAAGGUAAUGUAGAUUAAGGGUCCCCAAGCCUUCAUCUACGACCAAAGUCAAAACUCUCUCCUUCAAUCUAUUGUAUUUGAGUGCGUUCUGUGUGCAGAGCACUGCAGAACUGAAUAUAACCAAGUUGUUGGACACGUGCCCUGCCCACAAAGGCUUAGUCUCCUUCAGACAAGCUGGCCAUUUCUUGGGGAGAGAGCACUGGAAAAAACACCCAUCCUUCUGUGGACACCUUAGAGCAAAGUUCCUUUGUAACUGUAUACAUGUUAGAAACAGUCUAUCUGACCUGUCUUUCAAUAGCUUUUUGGUAUUUUUCUUUAAAAUGGAGUCGCUGGCACCGAGGACCUGUUAGUCAUUCUAAAUGGUUAUAAAAUGCUAUAAGGGAUCCUAUUUAUCAAGCUUUAUGUAGGGUAUUUUUGUAAUAACUUAUGACUGGCUACAUAUACUGAAUAUGGAUGUUGGACUGCUUUGUAUUUUUGUACUUAUAGCCUUAAUUUUUUACUGGUGGAGACAUUUGGCUAUUGAAAAUUUAUCAAGUUCAGGAGAAAGUUUCUACCUGUAUCCAAAGAUUUAGCUUUCAAACUUAUAAGAAUGUGCUGCGAAAUAACUUUAGACGUGACGGCAAUCAGCUAGUUUAGCAUUUUAUGUCAGAGCUGCUUUGAGUCAUGGGUAAGGGACACGGCUGACAUCAAUAAAACAAAGGUUUGUAAAGAUGAAA